AUGGCGGCCUUUGCCCUGUCAGAUAAGAAAGAGCUUGGGCGGAGGGGCGAAUCCUACCCGUCUCGGACUCCAACGCAGCCCCAUCCUAAGACCCCUAUGCCUUCUAGGGAUGCCAGCCUCCAGGCAGAAGACUCUUCCCAUAGCCAAGCGAAUACAGGCAUCUCUUCCCAGUUUGUGGUGACCCAAGAGAAGGGGCAGGAGAUGGAAGAAGAGGACCCAGGAGGACCUGGGACUGGCGAGGCAGCAAGUAUAGGCCCCCAUCCCAUCCAAUCUGGGAGUGGUAUUGACUUUUGUGAAAGAGCUGGGCCAGAGAUCCUGGCUCAAGACAGCAUAACCUCCGAUGUGGAUUGCCAACGCUUCCAGCUGUUCAGCUACCAUGAGGCUGAUGGGCCCCGAGAGGUUUGCAGCCAGCUCCAUGGACUUUGCAACCAGUGGCUGAAGCCGGAGAGGCACAGCAAGAAGCAGAUGGUGGACCUGGUGAUCCUGGAGCAGUUCCUGACUCUCCUGCCCCAGGAAAUGCAGAGCUGGGUCAGAGGAUGUGGGCCAGAGAGCAGUUCCCAGGCGGUGGCCUUGGCAGAAGGUUUCCUCCUGAGUCAGGCACAGGAGAAGAGGCAGGCAGAACAGGUGAGGGGAUCCCGAUUCUCUCCCGAUCUCAGCUGCUCUUUCUUCCCACAGACGCAUUCCUGCCCCUUCCCCUCAGCUGGGUGCUCGGACAGAGCUCUGGCCUAA